GUCUGCGGGGUAGCUGGGGAUCACCAUGGCGGCCUCCUUGGCCGGGAAGAAGAUCGUGUUUGUCACUGGGAACGCCAAAAAGCUGGAGGAGGUCAUUCAGAGUCUAGGAGAUAAAUUUCCGUGCACUUUGGUGGCGCAGAAAAUUGACCUGCCAGAGUACCAAGGAGAGCCUGAUGAGAUUUCCAUUCGGAAGUGUCAGGAGGCAGCUCGCCAGGUGCGGGGCCCUGUACUGGUGGAGGACACCUGUCUGUGCUUCAGUGCCCUUGGGGGCCUCCCUGGCCCCUACAUAAAGUGGUUUCUGGAGAAGUUAAAGCCUGAAGGUCUCUACCAGCUCCUGGAGGGGUUCCAAGACAAGUCUGCCUAUGCACUCUGCACAUUCGCAUUCAGCACUGGGGACCCGAAUGAGCCCAUACGCCUCUUCAAGGGCCGGACAAUGGGCCGGAUUGUGGUGCCCCGUGGCUGCCGGGACUUUGGCUGGGACCCCUGCUUUCAGCCUGAUGGAUAUGAGCAGACGUAUGCAGAGAUGCCCAAGGCUGAGAAGAACACCAUUUCCCAUCGCUUCCGGGCCCUGCUUGAGUUGCAAGAAUACUUUAGCAGCUUGACUCCUGGGGCCGGUGAUGACCACUCUGGCUGGGGAUCUGGAGAGGGGUAGCCUGAAACCACCUCUAUCAGGCAGGCACCUGUCCAAGUAUUUCCUUCAGGAUUACCACUUUCUGGCGGUGUUACCCAGCUGUCAGGAGCAGCUGGCUCUGUUUGGAGAGACUUUGGCCAAAGGACAACACCAUCCUCUUGCCCUUGUGGAUUCAGUGGUCUCUUAUGCCCUCCAGGCCUGGAAUCCUGAAAGGACCUUGGGUGUUAAUGCUUCAAAGGGUUAACGGUUUGGGGAAGAACCAUACAAACAGCCUUCAAUGUUUUUUAAAUGCAGCAAAUAAAAAUUCCAGAAGGUAAAAAAA